AAAAAUUAAAAUUUUUAAACAGUUCUUAACUUGAAAGGAACUUUAAAAACAUUAUUGUGCUUAAUUUCAUCAACUCGCCUUAAGCUGGACUUAUAAAGCUUACUUUUUACCUUUAGGUAGACCGUUUAUAAAAGGCUGUAAACACAACCAAUUAUUACAAAAUUUUGUCCUUCCCUUGUUCAUAUAAAACUGUAGGGAGCACCCGCAAACUUUUGCCUACUUGUUACGAGCAGAAAGAAAGUUUACUUUUUUUGCUUUCUGGUAUUGUGAUAAUUUAUGCAAGGAAGAUAAAGAAUGCAUGAAAACAACACGAGCUUACACGGAAAUUGAAGCAUAGUCAUCCUUUAAUACGCCAUGGUAAGUAAUUGUGAAGAAAACUAGAGUUACGCGUACAACCUUCCAUUGUGUUUAUAUAUCUCUUUUUUUAUUUUACAAAUUUUUUAAUCGAAUAAAAUUCAGUUUUUGGGUCUAUUGCAGUCCCUCAUUCAUCUAACGAGGUAAAGCUUCGAGAAAGUUGAGACGGACAAGAGAUUUGACGUAGAAAAUUGAAAUAAAUUAAAUGUUAAUUCAUUUAUUUGUAUACAUUACUCUUACUAGGUCUAUUAACGCAUUUACAAUUGAAUGCCAUUUUAGUUUCGAGUUUAUCGCCAGAUAAUUAUAAUACAAAUAAACAAGAUAGUCAAUAUCAAUAUAUAUAUCAUUUUAUUAUCUUUCGAGGAAUACUUCAGCGAACAAAAAUAUAAAACGGCAACUGCGAUAAGCGAAGCAGUGAUUCCCUACUAAUACAUACAACAGAAACCGUGACUUGCAGUACGGGAACAAGAACGACAAACACAAAGCAGAAAGCACAGCAACGCCAAGACAACAAAAGCUGCUUAUAAAGAGUAAAAGAAAAGUUGAUUUAAAUAAAGCCAAGAUGACGGAAAUGCUCUCGGAAACAAUUUGCGGUGCUAAGCAAAACAUUUGCAAUCAUAAUUGUAACACUGAUUGUCCAGCGUGCAGAAGUGUUUCUUUUGAGGGUGAAACAUUGGCUGACGAAGAAGGAUUUAGUGAGUUAGAAGAAGAUGGAAAAGAAGAGGUUGAUCGUAAUGGAAGAGAAGGCGACCAGCAACAAAUUCAAUGUGAAUUACAUCAAUCACACAUCAACGAGCAAUUGAAAACUACGCCAACGUUAUCAUUAGAUGCCACAGGAACAGUUUGUAAACUACAAAGAACAAGUCUCGUACGUCCGAAACAAGAGUGCAGCUAUGAUAACAGUGUAGCUACGAUCAAUAAAGACGAAGAAGAUACACGCUUACAACCGAUUAGUAACAAAAGUAACGAGAAUGAGUGUGAUGAGAUUGAAGGUGUUGCUGAUGAAAAUGAUGACGAUGAAGAAAGCUGUAAUAAUAUAAAACAAAUGAACUUAUUUAUGAACCAUGAAAAGUAUGAAAAAUAUCGCGAUAAAUUUGGUAUACUUUAUAAUGAUGAAAACAUUAACGAUGACUGCAAUAAUAAAAAAAGCCAGUUAUUCGGACACCAACCGAGAUACUCCAAGAAAUCGCACAGUGUUGGCGUAUCUGAUAAGGAUGAAACUGAAACUUAUGAUAUAAUUCAUCAAACAAAAAAUCGUAACGCAACUAAACCAAUAGAUGCAGUACCAGGAAAUAUAAUUUCUUCAAAACCUACACUAAUGCAAAUUUCACCUGCCCAAUUUCAAUUCCCACCAUUUAGCCGAUACAUUCAACAUCAACGGAAUCUACCUCCAGAUUUUACGCAAACAUAUACCUCGGGUAAUAGUCCAGAGCAACGUCAGAAUGCGCACCAGGAACAUGAAAGCAGCCUUUUAGAUGUCUUAGGUGGCAGCUAUUGCGGCCAAGCAAGUCAAAAAAUUAGUGCUGGUAAUAGUAAUGGCAACUCUAAUUUCAGCGCAGGCUUGAACGAGGAUAAGUUUUCCAUUAUUCAUAAUGCUCCAGUAAAUAGCCAUGAAUUUUUAACGAAAAAAUAUUAUCAUCCUUUAUUUGCUCAUGGCGUUUGCCGUUGGCCAGGUUGUGAACUAGGUCUACAGGAUAUUAAUGCUUUCGUCAAGUAAGUAUGUGUCUUAGAUUUUAAACUUCCCCCAUUUAUCAUAUGUAUCAGCCUUUACGUAAUGAACCAUAUCGCUUAUUUAGAAUGUAACGGUUUGAACACAAGUUUUGGACAUAACUAAUAUGUCGAAAGCCUGUUAUCGAUUUUUGUAUGCAUAAUGCUUAAUGCUAAACUAAGAUACGCGAUCAAACAAAGGGCUGAUGUAUGUGAUUUGGCAAAGGUUUUUCCUCUUUUUGUCAAUGUAAUAAACCUAGAAGAAAACUUA